AUGACCUUCAAAGUGAUUAUCGUGGGCGGUGGUCCCUCUGGGCUGGUUGCAGCUCAUGGAUUUCACCUGGCCGGCAUCGAGUUUGUGCUUCUCGAAAGGAGAGACUCAAUCAUCGACCAUUCGGGUGCCAGUGUUGUCCUUGCUCCCGCAAGUAUGCGUAUUCUCUCCCAGUUUGGCCUGCGUGAAAAGCUUGAGGCGGCUGGAGCCGAGCUUCACCGCGUCAAAUCCUUCACACGCGAAGGAUAUAAAUUCAGAGACAGCACCCAAGUAAGAUUACUCAAAGAAUGUCUUGGUUGCGCACAGUUCAUCUUUCAUCGACCUGAGCUAGUGCAGAUUCUCUACGAAGGUCUGCCGCCAGUGGCUAAAGAGAAAGUUCUCACAGGAAAGAAGGUUACCAAAAUCGAGCAGAACGAGCAUUCAGUGCAAGUUUCUUGUUCAGAUGGCAGUACCUUUGAUGGGUCGAUUGUAAUAGGAGCAGAUGGCAUCCAUAGCCAAGCAAGAGAGGAAUUGCGACAAGCCAUGCUGCGUCAAGGUCGGCAAGCCGACUGCGAUGAGAAACAGCCAUACGAAGCAGCAUAUCGCCUGCUAUGGUGUACCAUACCGAAACCACCUUCAACACACUCAGGUCUCGGGGGCGAGACGCAAGAUACUGAUCGUACGCUUGCAGUCAUGGUCGGAAAGCAACGGGUUUUUUUCUUUCUGUAUGAAAAACUUGAAGCUCCAACCCGAGAGCGAGUCGAUUAUUCCAACGAAGACAUCGAGAAAUUCGCCGCCUCCUUCGCAGACUAUCCAGUUACGGAAACGUUAUUGUUCAAAGACCUUUUUGAUGCCCGCGCGGCCAUCAAGGCGAAUAAGGUGGGCAUGGCCAAUAUCGGGGAAGGCAUUGUCAAGAACUUCAGCAACGGUCGAAUCGUCUUGGUCGGGGAUGCCUGUCAUAGAUUCACGCCCAACGCAGGCCUUGGUCUGAACAGCGGCAUCCAAGAUGUCGUGGCCAUCUGCAACGGCAUUCGCGCGGCUGUUAAAGAAUCUUCAGACGGCAAUCCAGAUCGAGCGACGCUGGAGACCUUGUUCAGUCAAUAUCGCAACGACAGACUUGCGUCGAUAAAGAAAGACUUUCGCGGGUCAUCGGUAUUGACUCGCCUGCAGGCUUGGGCCAACACUUGGUUUUACAUCAUGUCUAGAUUCCUUUUGGUGCCUGAUUGGUUCCAACGGUUCACUAUACGAUACUUGGCGGUUCCCAACAUGAGGCUCGCUCCGGUGUUUAAUUAUGCGCCAGCGGACGAACCAUAUAUUGGCACAACUCCCUGGGCUCACCCUGUGCCGACAAGAGCAGAUAAACGAAUAUAUUGA